CCCCACCCCUUCCCCCACAGUGCAUAUUUCAAAUCCAACAUGGCGUCCAAGAGGCUUUUCCAUCUUGCACGUGGAUUUUUCAAUCUUCAAGCGGGUUCGGCCUCAAGUCUGCGAUAUACUAGGGCUUUCUGUUCAGCUAAAAAGUCAUAUGAGCACAUCCUGACAGAAACCAAAGGGGAGAGUAACAAUGUUGGCUUCAUACAACUCAAUCGGCCCAAAGCUUUGAACGCCCUAUGCAAUGACCUCAUGUAUGAGCUGAGCGAUGCCUUGGAUGCCUUUGAAGCUGAUAAGAAUGUAGGGUGUAUUGUGUUGACUGGAUGUGGGAGAGCCUUUGCAGCUGGUGCUGAUAUCAAGGAGAUGCAGCCCUUAACAUACCAAAAGUGCUUGUCUGGUGACUUCCUGGGACAUUGGACAAGGGUUUCCAAGUGCACCAAACCUGUCAUUGCUGCUGUCAAUGGUUUUGCUCUUGGAGGAGGCUGUGAAUUAGCAAUGAUGUGUGAUAUCAUCUAUGCUAGUGACAAGGCAAAGUUUGGUCAGCCAGAAAUUCUUAUUGGUACCAUUCCAGGUGCUGGCGGCACUCAAAGGUUGACCCGUGCAGUCGGCAAGUCCUUAGCCAUGGAAAUGGUGCUGACGGGUGAUCCCAUCAAUGCUGACCACGCCCUCAAAGCAGGUCUGGUAAGCAAGGUCUUCCCAGCUGACGACUUGGUUCCCAAUGCUAUCAAGACUGCAGAGAAGAUAGCAGGUCUCUCCAAACUUUCUGUGGGGAUUGCCAAGGAGUGCCUCAACUAUGCGUAUGAGAUGACUCUAGAGGAGGGGCUGAAGGUGGAAAAGAGGAUGUUCCAUACCACAUUUGCUCUUGAUGAUCGAAAAGAAGGAAUGACAGCUUUCAUCGAGAAAAGGAAGCCGGAAUUUAAAGACAACUAGAAGAGAAGCAUUGGUCCAAUAGCUUUGUGUCUUACUAAAUAGAAAGUCUAAGCUCUUCGGCAGUGGAUUUAUCCGUCAGCCACAGACUCAGUGUCAUUAGUUCAUCAAAUGGCUCUGCGCAGUGGUGCUCUGGCUAAAUCCAUUCAGUGCAAGUGUGGGAUCUCUACUGGGUGUGAACAUGGUCAGGGUGUGCAAUGAUGCUAUUAAAGAAUGUCGAUCAACCA